UGCGCGCCGCCGAUCGCCUCCGUCGGGGCGGGGGCGGUGCCGCGGGAGCUGCAGCCUCCUCUCGGCCCGCGGCGGCCCCGGUUCGUGCGUUGGUCCCGUUGUUGCUCCCGCUCCCCUUAUCCCGGGGCGGGUUUCAGCGUAAGCUUCCCGCUCCCCUCUGCUCGCUUGUGAGUGAGGUAAACUCGGUAUCUGGUACCUCCGCCGCCGUUGCCUUUCAGGUGAGGGAGGUAGGGAAGCAGAAAGAGCUCGGAGACACUCACUCCCCACCUCCGGUGCCCCUCCGGCGGCCCCGCGCGCGAAGCCCCACCGCUCCUUCGCUUCUCCCGGCGAAGUAAAACCAGCCCCUUCCCCAAUAUGGGCUGCACGUUGAGCGCCGAGGACAAGGCGGCGGUGGAGAGGAGCAAGAUGAUCGACCGGAACCUGCGAGAGGAUGGCGAGAAGGCGGCCAGGGAGGUCAAGCUGCUCCUCUUAGGAGCUGGUGAAUCAGGAAAAAGCACAAUUGUCAAACAAAUGAAGAUUAUCCAUGAAGCUGGUUAUUCAGAAGAAGAAUGUAAACAGUACAAAGCUGUUGUCUACAGUAACACCAUUCAGUCCAUUAUUGCUAUCAUUAGAGCAAUGGGGAGGUUGAAGAUAGACUUUGGUGAUCCAGGCAGGGCUGAUGAUGCUCGUCAACUCUUUGUGUUAGCUGGAGCAGCAGAAGAAGGAUUUAUGACUUCAGAGCUUGCUGGAGUCAUCAAGAGACUGUGGAAAGACAGUGGAGUUCAAGCUUGCUUCAACAGAUCUAGAGAAUACCAGCUUAAUGACUCUGCUGCUUAUUACUUGAAUGACUUGGACAGGAUAGCACAAACCAGCUAUAUUCCAACCCAACAGGAUGUUCUCAGGACUAGAGUGAAAACUACAGGAAUAGUGGAAACUCAUUUUACAUUCAAAGAUCUUCAUUUUAAAAUGUUUGAUGUUGGAGGCCAGAGAUCAGAGCGGAAAAAGUGGAUUCAUUGUUUUGAGGGUGUUACAGCAAUUAUUUUUUGUGUGGCAUUAAGUGAUUAUGACUUGGUCUUGGCUGAAGAUGAGGAAAUGAAUCGGAUGCAUGAAAGCAUGAAAUUGUUUGACAGUAUCUGCAACAAUAAGUGGUUCACAGACACUUCUAUUAUUCUCUUCCUGAACAAGAAAGAUCUUUUUGAAGAAAAAAUCAAAAGGAGUCCUCUCACUAUUUGCUACCCUGAAUAUGCAGGGUCAAACACUUAUGAAGAAGCAGCUGCUUACAUUCAGUGUCAGUUUGAAGAUCUUAACAAGAGAAAAGACACGAAGGAAAUCUACACUCACUUCACAUGUGCCACAGACACAAAAAAUGUGCAGUUUGUUUUCGAUGCUGUAACCGAUGUCAUUAUUAAAAAUAACCUUAAAGACUGUGGCCUCUUCUGAGAGCAGACAGAAGGUUGAUAAAUGGUUUGGAGAAGACAUCGCACAAUUCUAAUCUGAUUCUUUUCAAGGUGAAAGAAAUGAAAAAUGCAUUGUGCUGAAUGAUAGAUCAGUACUGUACUUGCCUGUUUUAACAGCUUUAUUUAUGUUUGUCUUGUAAAUUUAAGUAAUUAGUUAACACUGAGAUGUCAGUUGAUUGUAUGUAUACUUAUAAUUGUAGUAAUGUAUUUGUAUAAACAUUGAAUGGAAUAUUUUAGUAACUUGAUGUCCUCUAAACUUUCCAUGUUUUAUGAAGAUACUCUUAGGGGAGACAGAUCUUUUUGCCUUUGGAUUAUUUAAACAUCUUGUAAAAUUAAAUUUUCUUUUCAUCUUAAGGGUGCAUGCUGCCUUAUUCUUUACUUUUGUUGGUAAUACUGUAUAUGGUGUUAGCUUUUUUGAUAUUUAAACAGCCUCAUACACCUGCUCAGACUUAAAGAAAUAUAACCAAUAAAACUUAUGUUUGCCUUAAGUUUCAGGGGAAAAAAAAUCUUUUUAUAAAUUUAAGAUAAAUGCAAGGAUUAUUUUUUAAAUUUAAAUGAAAUCCAUAGUUUAUGAAAUCUGGACAUUUUCAGUCUUUGCAGUACAAAUGUGACAACACUAAAAUUGAAUUUUAAGGUUCCACUGUCAUUGAAGCUGUUGGAAAUGCAAAAAGGAAGUUGUUAAAACCAUUCUUAUCAAUAAAGUUUGAAACUGUGGUCUUUACUCAGUGAAGUGAAUGUCAAAAUUACUUUUUUACGUAGUUAACAAAGGCUGGAGUUCAGAGUAAUGUUUUUUUUUUCUGCUUAGCUUAAAAGUCAAAUCAUGUUCUCUUUAAACAUUUUGCUAUUUUCUGGUAAUAAACUAGUUUGAUAAUCAUAGAAAUAUCAGAUUCUCCUCCAAGACAUGGCACAGUGGCAUCACAGAUUAAAGCUAUAUCCUAUUGCGUAUAGAAGGAAUCAUCAGUAUUUUGAAUAGAGUGUUUUAAUAACUUGCAAAUGCUGAUUAAUUUCUUUAAUUAUAAUUAAAGUCUCGCAGUUUCUUUAACAAGCUAAAAUGUAUGAUUUUCUUCUGAUUUUGCGUUCAUUAUGUGUUCUGCUAUCUUAGGUACAUAUCAUCAAUUGCCUUAUGGGUAGUGCCAAAACUGAUUUUUUUUAUACAAGUUUUAAAAUGAAUAAGCUCCUGUUUGUAAAUAAGUUCAUGGAUGGUUGUCUUAAAUGUAUGUCAUCUAGAAAGUACAAAUGUACCAAACUUGGAAAUAUGGUUUUCUAUAAUUGUUAAAAUAUUUCAGGCAGCUACAGUAUACCAUAGGCUCUUUGAGAACUAAAUAAGUCUUUCAACCUCUUGCUAUUUUUCUAUAUUAACAUUUAUGUUCUUAUUGUUCAGCUGAACUAUUUAAGUCAUUGUUCUGUUAUUUAAUUUUUGACUGUGUGUUUUAUUUAGGCCUCAGUUUGAGUAAAACUUUUCUGCACUUCUCAUUCUUUAAUGCAUUCUUUGUUAGAUACAGAAUUGCUGAAUAUGUUUCAAAUGAAAGAUUAGAAAGGAGGUAACUUAUUACUGGAGUUUGUUAAAUAUAUUCAUACAUUAUAAGCUCUUUCACCAGUUAUGGUAAACAGUCUGUAUAUGCUAGGCUGCUUUUAGUUGUGCUUUAUGGUUCUGGAUACAUAACUGAUUUUAAAUCUCAUUGAACUACUUUGUGGAAAUUGUAUUUACACCUACGUUCAAGUUGGUUUUUGUACUAAAUGUAAAUCUAGAAUUGGGAUUAAUCAAAUAAAUCUAAAUUUUGUGCCUUGCUU